AAUCUCGGACCUUUCGACUUCGGCCAACACUGAUUCGGGAUCCAUAAUUUGCUUACGUUGGACCCGCAACAGCAUAUUCAAAACGUUCACCAACAGCGCGUGCUCACGAGAAUCUCCUUGUUUGUACACGUUUUUUCCCUGUUUGUGCAUGCCCGAAAUCGGCAAAAAACAAAGGUUUUAUGCAAGAAUAUAGGGAUAAUACACGUUUUUUGUGUAUUAACGUCUGCAGAAGCCCGCGGGAUUGUUUGUGACCGAGACCGAAGGUCGAGGUCACAAACAUAUCCCAAGGGCUUCUGCAGACGUUAAUACACAAAACAAACGUGUAUUGUCGCUAUUCUUGCAUAAAAAAAUAUUUCACGACUAUUUAUGUAUUGUUUUCAUAUGUGAUGACUUGACGAUUCCGGUACAUUUUUUAUUUACCAUUCCUGUUGUUCUUGGAAACGGUAAACAUGUUUUAAAUAUCCGUAUCCAGAGCCCGGAAAUAAACAACACUAUCAAAAGUACAUCCUGAAGGUUUUUAAGCGAUUUUUUUUAUCUCUUAUUAUUACAAACAUAAAAUUACCAAUAAUUGUUCAUAUCAUUUCACAAUUUUUGGACUCGAUCACAAUUUCAAGAAUAAUAACUUUAUAUUCGAGUUAUAUUGAGUACGGACACGCAGUUGAAGUACGGAUGAGUACGAACGUAGUGUCAAGCUUCAAAGCUGUUUAUAUAAAUUCUUCGAGAAAUUAGAUAAAAACAUACCGACUGAUACUUACCAAAAUCAUAAAUAUGAUUCCUAAAAACAAAGAAUCGCAUAGGUAAACACGCGAUUCUUUGACAUUCACGGUUGUCUACAAAAUCUGAAUUGACGCCGAGUUCUAAAAGGGAAGUAAACAAGGGAAGAAACGAGUACGAACAAUGUUGACAAUGUUGGGGGCAGCACAUUUGGCGUUAGUUACUGAUACAUUAAAACAUUCUAUGGUUUAGAUUGCAUCUUUAAUGCUUCAAGAAGAAGUUUUCAUGAAAGAAACAAGACGCAGAUACCAGUUGUCAAUCUGCGCAGAAUUACAUAUACGGCCCUGGGAAAGCAUUUCAAAAAUAAAAAUCGGGUAUUAACAGCACGUGAAUUGCCUUGUUUGCACACGAUUUUUCUCAUUCUUGCAUAAAAACUACUUUUUUCACUGGAUCCGCCCAUGUGUAAACGGGAGAAAAAUCGUGUGCAAACAAGGCAAUUCACGUGCUGUUAACAAAUGAUUUUUAUUUUUGAAAUGCUUUGCCAGGGCAGUAUGUAUGUAUUUCUGCGCAGACUGAUAUUUGGCAUCUGCAUCUUGUAUCUUCCAUAAUAACCUCUUCUUGUAGCAUUAUAGAUACAAUGUAAUCCAUAGUAUGUUUAGCUGUAUCAGUUUCCAACCCCAAACGUACUGCCCCCAUCAAUGUACGCACUAGCUUCUCUUAGAGUUUACUCCCUUUACAAAACGUCUGUUCAGUUAUUGUAAAUAACUGUGAAUAAAUAAGUAUCGCGUGUAACUUGUGGUAUUGCCCGUUUUUAGGUAUUAUAUUAAUGAUUUUUUCAGUCAGUUUGUUUUUACCUGAUUGUUCGCAGAAUUCAUAUAAUAAACCUCGAAAGCUAGUCACUAGCUUCGUACUCAUCCGUACUCUGUUUGUUCGUACUCAAAAUAAUUCGAAUGUAAAGUUGUUAUUCUUAAAAUAAUUGUGUUCCUGUUUAUCAAAUUUUUUAGUUAUAUGCAAAAUUAUGUGUAAUGUAACGUUUGUAAUAACUAAAAAUAAAAAUAAGAUGCUCAAAAACCUUCAAAUCACGCUUUUAGUAGUGUUGUUGUUAUGUGUGCCCCGGUUAUGGAUAUUCGUCGUGUAAUGUUUUUAUGCAAGAAUAGCGACAAUACACGUUUGUUUUGUGUAUUAACCGAAGGUCGAGGUCACAAACAUAUCCCAAGGGCUUCUGCAGGCGUUAAUACACAAAACAAACGUGUAUUAGAGAUCAUUGGUGUUUUGCCUACCAAAGUAAAAAGCCUUAUCAAACUUAUCAAAUACUGGAAAAACAAAACACUAAAGGAAAAAGAUGAGCAAGAAAUGCCGAGCUUUGCUGAGAAACGAUAUGGAAAACCAAACUGGCCGAGUUCAUAUGCUCUAGAACUGGUGGUGAUGAAUGCCUGGACUGAAGCUAAUGAACCUGUCAGCUUUGACAUGACGACUCGAGCUUUGCAUGCAAUUCUAACCUCUCUGGUUAACCAUAGACAGUUUAAAAUCAUUCUAAGACGACAAAUGAAGUACAACAUGACCAUGUUACGGUCAAGGUAACAUUAAUAAUUGUAAAUAGAACAAAGCACUUCUACAUUAUCAAAAUGUUGGAGCAGAAAAUGAGUAAAUAUUUCAGAUAGUAAUAAAUAGAAGAAUACAAGGUGACAAUUUGUUUUUCAUCCCAUUGCCCUUUUCUCUUAUAUUUCAUAUCUCUCUUACCAUGAUGGUAAAAGUUGAUACACUUUU